AGCUUUUUAAUACGAACCUUAUGUGCAAUUUAACAAUUACAAAGUGCUUUUAGUUAGUUAAUAAGUGUCUAAAUAUUUAACAGUAAUACGAAUUAUCUGGAUUUCAACCGAAUCGUUCUCGUUUUUCAUCGACUUAAGAUUAUGGGAAACGUGUUACGAAUCCACAGAUGAAAGGAAAAAGCUAAAACAAAUACUAAAAAAUAAAAUUAAAAAUCAUGAAACACAUCAAUAGCAGUUUGAUAUCGCUGAAAUGCGUCCUCUUCUUGUUCUUCGGCGGAAUGGGAUGUCUGUUUCCGUUCCUACCGUUGCACAUGACGCUGAAGGGAUUGAGCGUGGAGGAGGCAAAGAUCAUAUCGAUAGUGGCACCAUGCAUUGCCCUCAUCGGACCCGCCAUUGCUGCUCCUUUGGCAGAUAAAUUAGCAGGAGGACCGGAAGGAAACAAGCGGAGUAAGACCGGAAGAUAUUUGAGAGUCAUGAUCGCAGUUUGCUUCAUCCUGGCCGCGAUUUUCUAUUGGCUUUUGGCGGCUGUCCCUACGAUCGUACGAAGCCCACCGAGCGUGACAUUCACAUGCGACCCUAACGGAGGUACCAUUUUCCAAGAAAGAUGUGGCGUCGAAAAAACUUGUUACAACUGGAACAGCGACAACCGCGGAUCUCUUUUCGUGACCAAUUGCCGGUUCACGUGUGAAAGUUCCAUGGAGUUGACCAGCGACGUGACAACAAUAUAUCCCGACCAAGACACGAGCGUCGCUUCUGACGAAUACGACGAAAACGAUUACAACGAGAAUGAUAUCAUCGUGGAAGACGAUGAAUCGUCUGCGAAAUCGCAAACAACGGAUGAAGUCGUUCCGCAUCCGCAUUUGUGUUACACAGACGCAAAUGGAUUUGUGGUUUGCGAAGUUUUCACAAAAUACUCGAAACCAAUCGAUCUGAACGUCAAUCUAUUUCCAUCUAAAACUGGAAAUGCCGAAGAAGACGAAGAUACCAUUUGCACUUAUCCAAUUGGUAGCGACUUCCAUUGCCGAAUUGCGCCAGAAGUGGAGAGUAAUUUAACCAAAAGUACAAAUUCUUGCCAUCCGAUUGUUAAAUGCAACGUGUACGAACCGUACCGCUCGAAAAAUAUGUUAAAAGUUUCCGAAUGCGGCUACAACAACAUUAGUUUUUGGCUCUACCUCUUCAUAAGAUCAUUCGCAGACAUCUUCCCAGCUACGGCCGUGGCUCUCUUAGCUGCUGCAAUCAUUAUAGCAACUAGAGAAACAUCAACAGGUCGAGGAGACGUUGGCAAACAGUUGGCAUGCGGAGCUUUAGGUUUUGCAAUUCUAGCACCGAUAAUUGGAGCUAUAAAUCAUCCUAUCGUUUCUCUGAUCAUAUUUUCAGUCCUUAUGGUCCUAGCCGCGUUAAUAAUCUUAUUCGAUAGUAAAAUGCCUCUGAGUCCUCCAGAAUGGUGGUGGCAUACACAAUGCGGUUUACUAGCAUACCCAAUGUCUUCUGUAAGAAAAUAUGGAUUCGAAAUCGCCGGUUUGGCUGUGGUUUUAACAAUGCUCGGCGUAUUCUGGAGUGCCAUGGAUUCUUACCUCCCAUGGCGUGUGGCCGACUUAUCCGGAUCACCACUUUUAGUUGGACUCACCAUUACUGCAGGAGCAUUGCCCGCUGUUCCGUUCUUAAUUUUUGCAGAGAAAAUCGUCGACUACUGUGGACACACGAACCUUCUGAUCACCGCCUUCACAUUUUACAUAAUCCAUUACACGAGUCUGGCUGUUAUCGAAAACGCCUGGCUUCUGCUCAUUUGCGAAGCCUUUGAAAUAUUUUCAUUGCAUCUCAUGUGGACAACUGCCAUACUUUAUCUUCGACAUUUAGUUCCCAGAAGAUUCACAGUUUGCGGUCAAGCUCUCCCAAUCAUAACACACUUCUGCAUCGGCCGCUUCAUCGGAGCUUUGAUUGGUGGCAUUGCGUACUCCGAAAGUCAUGAACAAUUCAUGCAAGUACACAAAUGGUUCGCCGUUGCUGCAGCCAUAAUUGCGACUAUUUAUUUCUUAUCCUAUCACUUCUACUUGAAGCCCAAAUGCGCGGCUCCGCUAGCUCAGCCUCCGAGGCCAGCUCCUGCUACUGUCAAUGGUGCCAACACCAAUGGUUCUUACACUCCAUUAAGAGUCUAUCACAAUGGAAGAGCGAAGAAGGGACAAUUUAGGUACUGAUUUUGCGUAAAUAAUUUCAAUGUCACUAUACAUUAUAAUCCAUAAGGUGUUCAUUUUUUGUUAUUUUCCUUUUUUAUUUAUAAAUAAUUUUAUACACAAAACAUAUUUUUUGAAAAUAUUUAUAUGCACAAUGUAAGGUGAGUAACCCAAAAAAUAGGAGGAUUCUCGCUGUGCAUUGACCCAAUUCCAAAAUAAAUUGAAAUGAAAAUGCAGCUUUAAAUUUCGAUGUGACACAUUGUAAUUAUUAGUUUAUAAUACGUAAUUUAUAUUAUUUUAGGGA